AUGCCAAUAUACAGGCGGGGCGGUGAGCAAGUAGUGGCUACCUCGCACGAAGGAGGAGUCAUACGGAUAUGGAAGGGUGACGUGCUCGCGGUCUGUGUCACACUACCUCCAUCGUGCGCCGAACCGAACUGCAUAGCGCUCGACGACGUCAACUGCUAUGUAGGGUUCUCGGAGGGGCGCAUCUUGGCCCUGGAGUACGGCCCGAUGGAGUGCGACACCAACACCCUUGUUUUCUGGGGACCGAAGAACUUCUGUGACGGAUCCGUCGUCGAUCUGUCCAUAUUCCAGGAUCGCCUGAUCGCUUAUACCUCCUCAGCGGACAUUACUAUCAGCGAACUCUCACGACGGGGCGACCCAUUUGCCUCAGGGGCUUUCUUAAAGCUCAGCGGGCCCAAGACUUCAGAUUUGGGUGGCCACAAUGCCUGCCUCCGGCUGUCCUAUGUCCGCGUGGUGGAUUUGGAUGGCACGGCGUACCUAAUGGCCAUUCACGUCGACGUAACUGGGAAUCUAUACGUAUUCGGUACCGAGUGGCCAUGCGAAGCUCUGACAGGCGGCAGCUGCUCCUUCCCACAGACGGAUGAAGCUGGCCGCCUCCGAUGCCACUGGCGGAAUCUUCCAACCCUUCUGGACCCGGACGACGACAGCCGGUGGAUGGAAGCGUAUGCUUGGGCAGCUGGUGGAAGAUUUGAAUUGUUGAACAAUAUCAAUAACGUGCUGGACAUCAGCCACGACGGUGUGGUUGUGAUUCGUUCCCAGACUGGAGGAUGGAUAGUACAUCUCCUUACGUGGCAGGUCGAACAGUACGAUGACAUCGUCGAUGAACAGAAACAAUCCAUUUCUAGACCGUGCCCUCCUGCGUGUGUUCUGACAUGCGAGCGCACAGCACCAGGUCGUCAGUACGGAUACGUGGAUCCGGAGAAGCCCCGUCCACGCCAUCAGACGACGGAGAUCGGCGACGCGAUGGAAAUCGGUGCGAGAUUGCCUUUCAAGGACUCUCCAAUGGGCAGCCUCCCUCCUGAGAUCUUGUUACUGAUCAGCGGCGAGCUGACAGUUCUAGAUCGCAUCUCGUUUAGCUUGACUAGCCGAGGUCUCCUCGAUAUAUUGAGUGCGAGCAUCCAGGACCGCGUAUCUUGUCCCAUCCGGCCGGCGUCGUUUGUAUCGACCAUCCAAUACCCCCUAAGUGCGUUGUCGAGGUAUGAGGUGUUGCAGCGCCGAUGGGUGAUCGAGGGAGGUGGCGGGUACCUCAAGCACAUAACACUCUCUGCCCCACGCCGACCACCUCCAGAACUACGCUACUCAUUCCGGGGAGCCGUUGACUUUGACGGAAGACGCCCUGACGGAAGACGCCCUGACGAAAGAGACCUUGACGAAAGGGACUUCGCCGAUUUGUGGGAUCGGAUCAGGCAAAUGACACGCCUGACAGCUCUAGAGUCAGUGUUCAUCGUAACCCCUACCCUCCAUUCCGUGAUGAAAAUGAUCAACUGA